AUGGAUAACUCCUUCAUGAAUAAUACACAAUCACAUUUUCGGGCAAAAGAAAAUUAUUUUCGAGCGACGAAACCAUACAAAUCAUCUAGUUAUCGUCCAACACCAGCUACACUGGGUUUAUCGACGUCAAGUCGUCGUACGAGUAGUACUAGUCGAAGUCCUGUCAGUACAAUAUCCAAAUCUCAUCAUCAUUUAUCAUCAACAAUUUCCAAACAUUAUACGGAUGAUGAUUAUUAUCAUCAACAAACACGACCAACACCAAUAAAUAAUACAAAUAAUAAUAAUACAUUUGUUACAAAAAUGAAUGAUACACAAUUAAAUGAUGUUUCAAAUCAAUCACAAAUAUUUUUUGUUAAUAUGCCACAACAAGAACAAAAAAGUCACCAACAACAAGUUCUUUCAGUUUUAACCUCAGAUCAACAACAACAACAACAACAAGUUCUACCUGUAACUGUUGUACAACAAGUUAAAUUACCUGUUGAUGCACCUAAACAAAAAAAAAUUCUACCUAAACCAUCAUCAACAAAUCAACAAGGAAAUACAUCCAAUGAACAAUCUUCAAUAAAUAAUAAUAAACCAUUUGCAUGGUCACGUCCACCAGGUCGUAUAACAUCAAAUAAUGAACAAAUAAUAAAUAAAAAUAUCAAUUCAACAUCAAUUAAUACAGAUUUAGAUACAAUGGAAGCAGCACAUGUUUUAGCAACAGCAGCUGAUGUAACAAUGGCUGCCGAUGCUCGUCGUAAAGCACAACAACAUGAUGAUGAUAUGACAAUGAUGGUUGAUGAAACACCAUCAAAUAUAGCUGGUGAAGAAACAAUACAAUGUGACGAUAAUACAGCAAAAGCAAUUGCACAACAACAACUUGGUACAAUAACAGCAAAUAUUAUUGAUGAAAAUGGUGUUGAACAUACAGUUUUAUUAUCAACUGAAGAAGCACAACAAUUACUUGGUUCACAGGGUGCUAUUAUUGUUGAUAGUGAUGGUCAACCAAUAUCAAUUCAACAAGCACAGCCUCAAACAUUUGUUUCACCAUUUGCACUUGAUCAAGCUCAAUUACAAGCAUUACUUGUUCAAGCUGGUAUUGAUCCAAAUACACCAUUAACUAUUGAACAAGUUGAUCCAAAUCAACAGCAACAACAACAAAUAGCAACAUUAUGUACAUCACCGGGUGGUACACAAUAUACUGUUUUUACACAAGGUUCAACCCAACAACAAUUUAUUUUACAAACAACAAAUGAACCAACAUUAUCUUCAUUACCAAUUCAAACUCAAACAAUAAUACCAAAAGAAGAUAUAACAACAACAACAAUGUCAUCAUCAUCACCACCAACAAAACGUCGUGCAUUUGCUGUUAAAUCAACAAUGCGUUCAGAAACAUUUGAUGAUUUAAAUGAAAGACCUCGACGUAAAAUAUUUGCUACAAAAUCAACAGUUACAUCAAUGAAUGAUGAAAUUCAUGAUGAUGAAGAAGGUUUUAUUGGUACACGAGCAUAUCAUCGAAAUACGAGUCGAAAAUAA